GUGAUGAUGCAGACUUUGCCACAAACGUAUCAAAGUUUAAAGCGAGCCGCCGCUGUUACCGUAAAGACGUUCCGCGCCAAGGACGAUUUCAAAAACAGUUUACCUGCGCGGGACACUGUUUCUACUUCCUCUACGCUGCCUCGCGCGGUGCUCCCAUUGGCUGCUUCCAACAAAAGGGCGGCACCGCUGCGUCCGUUGGGCCCGGCGAUUCGAUGGAACGUACGUCAGUUACCGCCAAUAUCAAUCGGGUGUUUUGAUUAGAUUUAAACCGAUUUUGUGAUAAAUCUUACCCGGACUAAUUCAUUUAACCAUCCGUAAAAUAGUUUAACUCAUUGCUGUCACGCUUUGUCACGUUUAAAAAAAAAAAAAAAAAAUGUUUGUACCCGAUAAAUAUGUUGCACUCAAAAAACGGUGGAAAAUAUCAAGCACAGCGCAUGAAUCUCAAAUCCUGACCCAGAAAUCUCAUUCAAAGGAUGAUGGCUUUGUAGCACCCCAGGUUCUGGUAAAUACUCCAAAGAAAUUAUUUGGUCAGUGUGCAGUGUCAGUGGAGAACCAGACAACUAUGGGGCCCCUCACUACACCUAAAAAAGGAAGGGAAGCAGGAUCUGUUGAUCCCUGGACGCCAACUUCCAACCUUAAAAUGCUCAUCAGUGCCGCUAGCCCUGACAUCAGGAACAGAGAGAAGGAGCUGUGCAUGGACAACGACAGACGGGAAGGCGUCGACUCUACACAGGACACUGAAAAUGGAGAAGAGUCAGAGAAAAUGAUCAGCAGGAAAGAGAAGAGUCUGGGUUUGCUCUGUCAUAAAUUCCUCGCCCGCUACCCAGAUUGUCCGAACCCUGCCCUCAACAACGACAUCUGCCUGGAUGAUGUGGCCACUGAGCUCAAUGUAGAACGCCGGCGCAUCUACGACAUCAUGAAUGUGCUGGAGAGCCUGCACAUGGUGAGCCGCUCAGCCAAGAACCGCUACACAUGGCACGGCCGGACCAAACUGGCUGAGACUCUGGCCAUUUUGAAGCAGGUGGGCGAGGAGCACAGGUACGGCCAGCAGAUGCAGCAGAUCCGGCAGCGUCUCCUGGACAAGGAGUUCGACUUUGACGGGGAGGAGAAGGAGAACGAGGAGGUGGUGGACCUGGAGAGCGGGGAGCAGGGACAGAAGGAGCUCUUCUUUGUGGAGCUUCCAGGAGUAGAGUUCAAAGCAGCCUCUGUUAACAGUCGGAAGGACAAAUCUCUGAGGGUGAUGAGCCAAAAGUUUGUCAUGCUCUUCCUGGUGUCUAAUCCUCGCGUGGUCAGUCUGGACGUGGCCGCCAAGAUCCUGAUCGGAGAGGACCAGGGUGCAGAUCAAGACAAGAACAAGUUUAAGACCAAAGUGCGCCGCCUGUAUGAUAUAGCUAAUGUGCUGCGGAGCCUGAAGCUCAUCGAUAAAGUCCACGUGACAGAAGAGAGGGGGAGGAAACCGGCUUUUGAAUGGGUCGGUCCCCAAGAAUUCCCACAAGUCAAAGACUUGGAGAGCUCCACGUCCGAAUGCCCAUCCAAGAAGAAAAGUGAGUCCCGUGUGCUUGUAGACAACUGUGCCAAAAACCUAUUUUCAUCGCCGGGGGCUAAACGCAGCUUCACCAGGCACCCCUCCCUAAUAAAGCUGGCCAAGAGCAUUCAGGACGACCGUCGCAAGAUCAAUUCCGCCCCCAGCAGUCCUGUCAAGAGUGCCUUCAGUGAUUCAUCAAACACUGACUUUCCAAACAAAAUGGCCCAACUUGCUGCUAUUUGUAAGAUCGAACUUGACCAGGAGUCAGCGACUGGAGCUGAAGAUCUAAAACAUGCUGCUGCUGUGAGGCCAGAGCCGACCUCCUCUGGUUCAAUGGAACUGCCUCAGACACUGUUACUGACUCCAACCCAGGAGCCUGGAGGCAACACUACUGUCCACCUCACCCCCCACCCCCCACUGGCAGCCCUGCCUGCAGGCUCCGUCACAUACAUCCCUGCACAGUGUUCAUCCCUGAUUCCUGUCCUGUUACCUCAGCAGCGGGGGAGCGGACCCUUCGCAGUGUAUUUGCACCCUUCCUCCCCCAGGCCAAACCCUCUGGCCAGGCCGCAGCCGACCAGCCUCGCCGUGCGCUCUAUGACCUUUGAGGACAAGACUGGGCAGAGCCCGACGGGCCAGUAUGCAGCUAAAAGCCAACCGGCUUCAAGGGCGUCAGACGUCAGCCCCUUGGCGCUCAAACGGCUGCGUUCAGGUUCAGCAACAGAGAGCAGCCCCUCCAAAGCCAAGAGGACUGACCCCAACUUUAAGGACACCUCUCCAAAGCUGUGUGAGAUCCUGCAGGCCCGUCUGAAGGCCCGUCGCAGCAGUCAGCUCUCAAGCCGGCCCUCGCCUCGCGCCCUCCACCUGGACCCGGAGUUUGUUAACACCCCCGGCGGUAAUGUAGCCCAUCAGACACUAGAGCAGAGCUUGGAGAACUUCCUGGACAGAGAGGACAAGACGGCGAACUCCGACAGCGAGACGGGAUUAACGCCGGUCAGAGCCGUACCCCUCACGCCAGGACAACUCCACACCGAGACUUUAGUACCAGCCGGAUACCUGAUCCCAAUCUCCCAGCAGUCCCUCAUCAGCUACAGGGAAAUUCAAUGUACAGGGAGAGAAAGCAACAAGGCCUCAACUCCCACUUACAACAUCUACCAAACACCAACUGCAGGUUCCAGACCUGCCACAGCCCAGGAGAUUACACCCACCAGCCUUCGUCUUCACAAACCCGCUGCUACCGCCUCGCCACACACCACUCAGCAGGCCCACCGCCUCCACAGCCCCAGUCCCGCCAUCCUUAACUUCACCCUGCAGAACCUGGGUCUGAUCUCAGGCUCCAGCCCAGGAAACGCCUUUGCUGCCCCCCAGACUCCAGACUGUGCCAACACCCUGCCCAGCCCGCUGCCUCUGCAGCAGAGAGGCAUGGUUUUCAUCAAACCUUUGUCCCCUGUGCCCGUCCAGCAGUCUGUAUCCCCUCGCCCAGUGGCCCUGAUCAGUGUACAACAGCCUCUGAUGACCACCCCCAAAGGGACAGGGCUCCCCCAGCACAGCUUCUUCCACACGCCGGUCCCCCUCUCCCCUCUGGCUGCCAUGGUAACCACCAGUGGACACCUAGCUACCAAAACUGUUUACGUCCCUCAGAGGAAGCUGGACGUCACCACUGAGGACUCCUGAAAUCCCUGAAGGAAACCUCUGAUGUCUGUGUAUAUUAUGUGUUGUGGGUGUCCUUUUUUCUCUGUUUAGCAUUUUACAACACUACUGUGAUGCUGAUAGAAACUGUUUUCCCAGGAAUACAUUUGCAUAGCUUAAUGGGGGAGAAUUAAUUAUCUUUUUUUUGUUGUUGUUUGUUUUAGUUAUUUCCGCUAAUGUGGGUGAUGUAAACACCAAUUAUUUUUUUCAAAUCACCAAGAGUAGAAAAUGUCACAUAAAUGCUAUAAAGGACAAAACAAAUCAGAUGGACAUUUUUGACUGAAAGACCAGUUUGAUUGGGAAAAUUGUUAGUUGAUCAUUUUGUCUCUUAAGUUAAACCUAAUGAGGUGGCUUUUGCACAUAUGUACAUGUUAACCGUUACCCCUGUUAAAAAUGGAAUUGUUAAGAAUAUGUGAAUAUUUGUGAUUCAUUCUAAGACAAAUCAGACAAGUUUAAUUUAUAAGGAAAUUACCUUAAUUUCUGAUGUCCUGCUAAAUGUAAAAUGCCAAUUGAAUUUUAAUACAUUUUUUUGUAAGAACAUCA